UUCUCGUCGAAUUGGCGUCUCGAAGUCAUCACUUGAGAUAAAAACUAAAAAGUCCCCGGGGCUCUCAAAGUUCCGGAGAGAAAUCCAGGAGGAUGGAGAAGUCGAGGUCCAACAAAGAACCCUUGCCAUCUCCUCCGAUCACGAAAAUCUAGGGUUAGGGUUUGGCUACUAUUGCUCGAUCUGGGCCACUCCUCGGCUCUGCCAUUUGGCCUCUGGAGGAGAAGGUCCUGGAACACUCUGCAUAGAGAUCUCGAGAGUCCUCUUCGUCUCUCUAUUUCUCUUUGUUUGUUGAGAUGUCGGACACGAUUGUCCCGGCGUUCGUGCUCCGGAACCUCGCCGACAAGCUCUAUGAGAAGCGCAAGAAUGCGGCCCUUGAAAUCGAAGGAAUCGUGAAGCAAUUGACGAUAGCGGGGGAGCAUGAUAAGAUCACCGCGAUCAUCAACUUGUUGACAACGGAGUUCACCUACUCGCAGCAGGCCAACCAUAGGAAGCAGGGUGGAUUGAUAGGGCUUGCUGCGGCAACAGUUGGUUUGACAUCUGAAGCAGCACAGCAUCUUGAGCAAAUUGUACCACCUGUACUUAACUCCUUUCUUGAUCAAGAUAGUAGAGUCCGAUAUUAUGCUUGUGAAGCACUGUAUAAUAUAGCGAAGGUUGUAAGAGGCGAGUUCAUUGUAUAUUUUAAUCAGAUAUUUGAUGCACUUUGUAAGCUUUCAGCAGAUUCUGAUGCAAAUGUGCAGAGUGCAGCUCAUCUCCUUGACCGGCUUGUAAAGGAUAUUGUCACCGAGAGUGAUCAGUUCAGCAUAGAAGAAUUUAUACCACUUUUGAGAGAGCGUAUGAAUGUACUCAACCCAUAUGUACGGCAAUUUUUGGUUGGCUGGAUCACUGUAUUGGAUAGUGUUCCAGAUAUUGAUAUGCUUGGUUUCCUUCCAGAUUUUCUUGAUGGUUUGUUUAACAUGUUAAGUGAUUCCAGCCAUGAAAUACGACAGCAGGCUGAUUCUGCUCUUUCUGAAUUUCUCCAAGAAAUUAAAAAUUCUCCAAAUGUAGAUUAUGGCCGUAUGGCUGAAAUAUUGGUACAGAGGGCAGGCUCUCCUGAUGAAUUUACUCGUUUGACUGCUAUCACCUGGAUAAAUGAAUUUGUAAAACUUGGUGGAGACCAGCUUGUUCCAUACUAUGCUGACAUUUUGGGAGCUAUCCUACCCUGCAUAUCUGAUAAAGAGGAAAAGAUACGAGUGGUCGCUCGAGAAACCAAUGAAGAGCUUCGUUCGAUUCGUGCUGAUCCAGGCGAGGGAUUUGAUAUAGGGGCAAUCCUUUCUAUUGCUAGGAGAGAAUUGACAAGUGAAUGGGAAGCUACUAGAAUCGAGGCAUUGCAUUGGAUUGCAACUCUUUUGGCUCGGCAUAGAGCUGAGGUUAUUUCAUAUUUGAAUGACAUUUUUGGUUCCCUUCUUAGUGCAUUAUCUGAUCCAUCUGAUGAGGUGGUUCUUCUCGUACUUGAAGUGCUUGCAUGUAUAGCAAAAGAUGCUCCACACUUCCGUCAUCUUGUUGUCUUUCUUAUUCAUAACUUUCGGUCUGACCAUUCACUCCUUGAAAAGCGUGGUGCUUUAAUUGUACGUAGACUUUGUGUUCUUUUGGAUGCGGAAAGGGUUUAUCGUGAAUUCUCCACAAUUCUAGAGGGAGAAGAUGAUUUGGAUUUCGCAUCUAUUAUGGUUCAGGCUCUGAACUUGAUUUUACUUACUUCAUCUGAGUUGGCUGACCUACGAGCUCUUCUAAAGCAAUCUCUGGUGAACGUUGCCGGGAAAGACUUAUUUAUAUCUUUGUAUGCUUCUUGGUGUCAUUCUGCAAUGGCAACAAUAAGCUUGUGCCUACUUGCUCAGGCUUAUCAACAUGCAAGUUCUGUUAUUCAAUCACUUGGGGAAGAGGACAUAAAUGUCAAGUUCUUGGUUCAGCUGGACAAGUUAAUCCGUCUGAUGGAAACUCCAAUCUUUGCUUACCUAAGAUUGCAGCUUCUGGAGCCUGGAAAAUAUACUUGGUUGCUGAAGGCUUUGUAUGGUCUUCUAAUGUUGCUACCUCAGCAAAGUGCAGCCUUUCAAAUAUUACGGAAUCGGUUAAAAACUGUGCCAUCAAUUGCUUUCAAUACCGAUCAGCUUAAGCGAGCUUCUUCAGGGAAUCCGUAUUCCCAGAUACUGCCAGUAUCUGAAGACAUCAUCAGGAACCAAGAUUCAGGGAACAUGCACAAUGCAAUUAAUUUUGCAUCUAGGUUACAGCAAUUUGAGCACAUGCAGAACCAGCAUCGAAUGCAUGCCAAAUUGCAGCAGCAGUCCCGCAAAGCAACGCCAUCAACAUUAUCACAGGAGAUGCAAAAAUCAGAUGAAAGUCGUCGCCCUUCACCUAUUUCAGACACAACUCGCCCACCCUCUAGAUCUUCAUGGAAUUCUGGACAGUUUCAACAUUGAGCAUGCUAUUUACAUCUAGGGAUUUUCUGUUUAUAUCAUCAUACUUGUUCUCGGUAUCAGGGGAGCAUCACAUCCAUUUGGAGCAACAGUUGAUAGAGUAGUGUAUAAUGGGUGUAAAGAACAUAAUAGUGGUUGUUUAUCCAAGGUCGGGUAUAAUAAGAUAUUCUCUACAUUCUCGGGAACUAUUCUUUUUGUUCCCGGAUGACAUGCUCAUGUGGCCAUUUUUACCUUUUUCACUUAUUUUUGAAGACCAUAUGAGCCAGAGGGGGAAAGAUUUGGGCAAGAAGAUCAGUUGGUUCUCAUGUCCAGCUAUAAAGCAGCCAGAAGAAUGUACAUUGUAGUCUUUGUGGGUUCCUUGUUUAAAAUUAUUUGUGUUUUUUUUGUACUGCCAUCAUAAAUGUAAUUUUCCAGCUACUAUAUUGUUUAUCUCAUUUUUCACUAAAAAAUCUUGAUGAUGAAAAGCUGGAGAUUUUAUAUUUUGAUGUAAUAUAUUCCAAACCUGACAAUAACUGUGCCAUUUAA